CAGAAGUUAAAAUGUUAAAUGCAUUACUAAGUAAUUAUAAAAAAGUGAUAAAGAAAAGUUAAACUAUAGUUAAAUGACAAAAAUUGAUUUUUAAAAAUCUUGUUUGACCAUUCUGUGUUAAUAAAUUAGGGAACUCAGCUCACUACACAACAGAAAAUGUGCUCCUUGGAUCAACACAUAAAACUCAGGGGUGUUGGAUAAGUUGAAUGUGGAAAUGUAGUCAUCAUGACCUGAUUUUGUUACUGAAUUCAGCAGUUCAAAUCUCUCUGACAUUCACAUGCAGGCUUUGCUUUCCCCAGAAGUCAAUAAUGAGAAACCACACAGCAAUAACAACAUUCAUCCUUCUGGGACUGACGGGAGAUCCUCUGCUGCAGGUUUUGCUUUUUAUUUUCCUACUUACCACCUACGUGUUGAGUGUAACUGGAAAUCUGACCACCAUCACCCUCACUUUGGUGGAUCCCCACCUUAAAACACCCAUGUAUUUUUUCCUCCAAAAUUUCUCUGUCCUAGAAAUCUCAUUUACAACUGCCUGUGUUCCAAAAUUCCUGCACAGUAUAUCAACUGGAGACAGAACAAUUACCUAUAACGCAUGUGCCAUUCAACUAUUUUUUACAGAUCUCUUUGGGGUGACUGAAUUUUUCCUUUUGGCCACCAUGUCUUAUGAUCGCUAUGUGGCCAUCUGCAAGCCCUUGCAUUAUAUGACAAUCAUGAGGAACAAAGUAUGUAAAACCAUGGUCAUCUGCUGUUGGAUGGCAGGAUUUAUGAUUAUCCUCCCACCGCUUAGCCUAGGUUUUAAUCUGGAAUUCUGUGACUCUAAUGUCAUUGAUCAUUUUGGCUGUGAUGCAUCUCCUCUCCUGAAAAUCUCAUGCUCAGACACGUGGUUAAUUGAGCAGAUGGUUAUAGCCUGUGCUGUGCUGACCUUCAUCGUUACUCUGGUAUGUGUAGUUCUCUCCUACAUAUAUAUCAUGAAGACAAUUCUAAAAUUCCCUGCUGUUCAACAAAGGAAAAAGGCCUUUUCCACUUGUUCUUCCCACAUGAUUGUAGUUUCCAUCACCUAUGGCAGCUGCAUCUUCAUCUAUGUCAAUCCUUCUGCAAAAGAACAGGGAGAGAUUAAUAAAGGUGUGUCAGUACUCAUUUCAUCCAUAUCACCAAUGUUGAAUCCUUUCAUAUAUACCCUGAGGAAUAAGCAAGUUAAACAAUCCUUUAAUGACUCACUCAAAAAAAUUGCAUUCCUCUCAAAGAAGUGUACCUAA